AUUGUUCUAAGCAAUUUCCAUUCUGAAAGCUUUCCUUUCCAUUCGCCUGUGAACCUAAUAUGGCCGCUCCGGCGUCGUCGUCAGCGGCCGCGAACUUGAUGCUGGCGAUUCACGAGAAGAAAACCAAUUCCGUGGAGUUUUACCGUCCCCUUUGCCAAUUCAUCGCCUUCAACUACUCCGAACGCGAAGCUCAGAACCUCGAAGAUGACCUCCAAGAUGUGAAGCAGAUGAGGUCUGAUCUCGAACGCCCCUCCGACUCUCCCGACAUUCGCCGUAACCUCCUUCAGAAAUACUAUAAGGCCCUUUGCGUCAUGGAGUCUCGCUUUCCUAUCUCUCCCGAGAAAGAGCACAUCAACACCAUCACUUUCACCUGGUACGACGCCUUCAAGAAUAAAAACAAGGCCUCUCAGCAGAACAUACACUUGGAGAAGGCCGCUGUGCUCUUCAAUCUCGGCGCUGUCCACAGCCAAAUCGCUCUCUCUGUUGAUCGAUCCACUCCAAGUAGUCGCAUGCAGGCUUCUCACUCCUUUAUGGCAUCUGCUGGGGCCUUUGCGUUUCUCAGGGACAACGCAUCGAUGAAAGCUUCGAUUGGGCAAUCGACGGUUGAUAUCUCUGCUGAGUGCGCCGGAAUGCUUGAGAGGCUUAUGCUUGCUCAAGCCCAGGAGUGCGUCUUUGAGAAGGUUGUUGCGGAAGGCAAAUCGCCUGGUCUUUGCGCCAAGAUAUCCAGGCAGGUUGGACUAUACUAUGAAGAAGCUUUUGCUGCCUUAAACGUUGCUCCUUUGAACCAGCAUUUUGACCGUACUUGGAUAUCACAUGUACAGCUGAAGGUCGCUCAGUUCUAUGCUGAAGCUUGCUACCGUUAUGGUUUGGAAUUGCAUGAGAAAGAAGAGAUUGCUGAGGAAAUUGCACGGCUAAGGAGUGGGAUUACCGCACUGGUGGAUGCCAAGAAAUCGACUAAAGGGGUUGCAGCACAACUUAUAGAUGCAGUAAAUAGGUUAGAAGCUAAUAUCAAUCGCAAUCUUGAGAGGGCCUUGAAGGAGAAUGAUCGAGUAUAUCUAAUGAGGGUUCCUGGAGCUAAUACCUUACCGCCUCUUCCAGCUGCUUCACUGGUCAAGUCCACACCGAUGACUGACAUCUUGGAUGCGAGCAAAGAGAAGUUAUUUGCGAGUCUUAUUCCUGACAGCAGUGCAAAGGCUUUAUCGAGGUAUACUGAAAUGCUUGAUGACAUCAUUCGGAUGCAAGCUGAGAAAUUGCAACAAGGUAGUGAGAUAGCUCGGGUAAGGCUGAAAGAAAUGGACCUGCCUGAUUCCAUUCUUGCAUUGGAAGGGAAUAUUACUCUACCAAUGGAUCUUAAAGAAGAUGUUGAGGCAGUUCAAAUUAGUGGGGGACCAUCUGGUUUGGAAGCUGAGUUGCAGCAACUUAGGGAUUUGAGAAGGGUGAACCAAGAAUUGCUGGUCCAGACUGAAGAGCAAUUGCAGAAAGAAGCAAGAGAAGAUGCUCAAUUUCGUAGUCAAUUUGGGACACGAUGGACUCGACCUCAGUCCAGCACUCUAACAAAGAACUUGCAGGAUCGCCUGAACAGAUUUGUUGCAAACCUUAAGCAAGCUACAGAAAGUGAUUCACGGAUUGAACGUGCUGUGAGGGAUCAUUCGGCCCUUAUGUCAAUCCUUGAUCGACAGCCGAUAGAAUCUGCUCUUCCAACUCUGGCGAAGCCAAUAAUGUCUUUGGAUGCCAAUGAGGAUGCCAUUGCGGGAGCCCUGAAGCAGAGCUUGAGGCAAUUGGAGACUCUAGGUGCACAAAGGGCUGGUCUUGAAGACAUGCUUAAAGAGAUGAAAAGGAAGGAUGACAUUCUGCCCAAAUUGAUGACAUCUACUGGCUCAUAUGAGGAUCUUUUCAGGAAGGAGCUAGCAAAAUAUGAUCAUAUUUGUGAGGAAAUUUCUCAGAAUAUUGAGGCACAAGAACAAUUAUUGAUGCAGAUUCAGGUUCAAAAUGAAGAGUUUUCUGCUGUCUUUAAUCUUGAAGAUUAUAAAGCUUCUCGGGGGAAGUGCUAUAAACAGAUUUCAGCUGCCAUAGCAAAGUACCGAGAAAUCAAGGAGAACAUUAAUGAGGGACUGAAGUUUUAUGUCACUCUUCAGGAUGCUAUUACCAAUGUAAAGCAGCAGUGCAGUGAUUUUUUGAUGACAAGGAACAUCCAAUGUCAAGAAAUGAUUGAAGAUGUGCAGAGGCAAAUGGCAGGUUUCAACUUCCAAGACAAGGGUCCCAGUGGCUAUCCCAGUAACUACCCUUCAGUUGGGCAAAUGCACCAAACUCAGAGGACUGCUUCUCCACAGCAGCCAGAUCCUCAGAGCACGCCGCAUCUUUCCCGGCCCCAGAUCCCUUACUACCACCCGGCAGAGCAGCCUCCAGUAGCUGGAUAUGGUCAUCCGCAUCCGCUGUAUUCCUCUUCACAGCAGCAACUGCCUCCAUCGCCUUACAAUGUUCCAGCUGCCAGUAGUCCUUACCCAUCCCAGCUUCAGCAACAGCCAGUUGAGUAUGGGCAACCUGCUUAUCCUGGUUGGCGAGGUACAUACUACAACACACACUCACAGCAUCCUGGAUAUCAUCCUCCUCCUCCUUAUUCUGUUCCACCUCCUUAUCCUCCUCAUCAGAGUGGUUACUACAAGCACCAAUAGUGUAGCAUUUGAUUAGAUUGUUUACUAUGUGUUAACUUUUUCACUUUUUGCCAUUUCCUGUAAGUUGGAUUAUAUUCCUCCAGUGCCCUAUUUUGCCAUACCAGUGCCCUUAUGGCCGACAUGGCAAUCUACCUAGACUCUAAAGCUUUGUAUGUACACGCUGCUGCCCUGCAGGUCUAAUAUAAUGCUGUAUAUAGAUUUUGUA